GAUAAGACUUUCACCUUCGUGGCACCGAUUAAAGUCGAACGACAACCUGCUGAUUACAUUUUGUAUCUGCCUUGUUUCUCACAGGAUCGACUUCGUGCAGGAUGUUGACCAGACUGUGUCUCGUGGCUGGCCUCCUCCUCUGUGUAGAAGCAACUAAACACCCCCCAAUGGCAUCAACAUCGCCAAAGCCGACACCAACGCCGUUGAGUCUGGCUGAUUUCUACAGGAUAUAUUUCCACAGAGAGGAUUUGAAUAAUGACGGCGUGCAAACUCUGUCGGAGUUCGAGCAGCUGUGGAGACAAGCUGACCUGAAUGGUGAUGGCUCCGUGGACUUGAGAGAGUACACAAGCAUAGGACCCUCCACAAUGUUAAUGGCCAGUGAGGUGUACAAAUACCUCGACCAUGAUCACAAUGGCGUCAUCACUCUGCAAGAAAUACCCAGGAUGUUUACGCAGUUUGACACAAACUAUGACGGCUGGAUUACUGAACAAGAGUUUGUCGACGAGAAGAUCAGGAUAUUCAAUCUUGUCACGAAAAACAUUGGUCUGGGCAAGAAGUAAUAAAUGGUACCCGGUGAUUCUGGUGAAAUAAACGGUUUUAGAAACGGU